UAUAUAUAUAUAUAUAUAUAUAUGUCCGUGCGUGUGUGGAUAUGCACGAUACAUAUGUCAAACUAAAAUGAUAAGAAUCACUUCGUUAAAAUCAAAUUUUAAAUUUUAAAAUAAAAAGCUUUUCAGUUGAAAAACAAUAUUAGAACCAGCCUCUUUAAAAAUACGUUGAAAAGGCUAAAAAAUAACUAUAAAAACUAAUAAUUAUUAAAUAAUUUAAGUAUGCUAUUGUUUUCUUUUGUUAUAUAUAAAGAAUAUUUCAUAGGAAUAUGAGUACAGAGAACAAAACAAUUAUAUAAAUAUUAAAAUGUAUAAACAUUUUUUUUUAUUUAAGGAAAGAUAAAGAACAUUAAUAACUUUGAGUAUGUCUAUAACAACAGAAAGCACUAAACCAGAGAGUUUAAUUAGAGAACUUAUCAAUGAUCCAGACUUUAAGCAGGCAUAUAAAUCGUAUGCACAAUCGGAUAAGGAAACGAUGAUGACUAAAAUGCUAAAAAUUUGGCUAAGGGAUGCUGGUUUAUUUGAGGGAGGUUGGAGCGAUGGUAGUUAUGAUAUUGCUUAUACUAAAGCCGGAGUUAGAACGAGCUUCAGAAAAGCAGACCUAUUCAAAGUGUUGUUAGUCGUGUCUAAAGACUAUUCUAAAGCAACCAAAGGAUGUGAAAGCAUUGAUGCAAUAAACGAAUUUUGUCAGUUAUUAAAGAAUCAAAAAAGGCAACUAAAGAGCAUAACAGCUAACAAGAGCGUCACUGAUCGAUUGACGGACGUUUCCAAAUAUACGGGAUCUCAUAAGCACCGUUUUAAUCCUGACGGAACAGGAAGAGGAAUUGAUGGUCGAGAAUAUCGUGCUGAGAAUAAGGGCUAUGUCUCAGGUUAUAAGGGUCAAGGGACAUAUGUUAAACAAUCCCCCGAAGAUAGUGAUAAUCAAAGACUGAAAAUUGAAAAAUAAUGUAAAAUUAAUGCUAAUUAAGUAUUGCAAUAGAUUUUCUUUAUAACAUUAAUAGAACAUAUUUUCAAUGGAGUAAUAAGCCACUGUUUUUCCUUUAGUAUUUCCAUCGUCCACUAUUUCGUUUAGAGCAGUGAAUAUACUGAUCAGAUACGGUUGAAUAAAUUAAUAACUUUUAAUCUCAAACCACAGUCCGGAACGUUUUACCAUAAUGCUAAUGCUCAUUACACAUUAUGUUAAAAAGAGUUCAUAGUUUCCCAUUUCUCAUGUCUUAUUCAUUUAAUUUCUUCAAUUAUUCUUAUAAUAGCUUUAUUUCCAUUGUUUCCUUUGUUAAAUUCAUUUAAUUAACAUAUCAGAAAUAGAAACUUUUCUCAUUUAAGGGUAUUAAUCUUUUGAUAAUUUAUCUAUUUCUCCAUCGUUUCUCUCUUAUCAAUAAUUUCUUAAAAACAUGACAAGACAUUUUAUCGGAUAAAAAUUAUUUUUCAUUUUAUCUUGAAGAAGACCUUAUCAAACGUUCGGAUGCACUAAGAUAACAAGAAAUGUUACCUUUAUCUUUUUGUCAAUAUGUGAUUUUCAUUUUUAAAAUAGUCUAUAUUCUGUGCAAAAUUAGAAUUGGGAAUCUCUUAU